AUGCGCUACCCGCUCCCGUUCCCCUGUGUCCCUGAUCGUCCUUCCAAGAUCCUGCUCGUGCAGGCGCCGUACACGCUUCAGUCGCCGCGGCUGCUCGCCCGCGUGUCGCUCACGCCGAUGCGGCUGCACGCGGCGAGCACCGAGGGCGACGACGCGUACCCCUCUGUAAUCUACUACUCACGCCGCGCACCGGAGAACGGCAACGGCCGCCUCUUCAACAGCAACCACGAUGAGAUGCUCCCGCGGCUCAUCAGCAGCCGAAUGAAGCACUUCAAUCGCGGCGAACGCUUUGUUUUCUUCAACGGCCGGCAGACGGGCGAGUACCCGCGGCCGGGCUACCCGAUGACGGCGGCGCAGCAGCUCGCGCUCUUUCGGACCGCCAACCUCUUUAUCGGACCGCACGGCACCGCCUUCGCCAACGUGCUGUGGAUGCGGCCCGCGAGGGGCAGCGAGGGGUGCGAGACGCAUCACCAGCGGCUCCCUCACGUGAUCGAGUUCGUCUGCGGCGCGGGGAGCGCCGCCGUGCGCGAGGGCUGCCCGUACGUGCGCAGCUACUACUACAUGCUGGGCGGCGCCGCGUGGGUGAACUGGCACCACGUGCUCUACACGCCGCGGGCGACGGCGGGGGUCGUCAAGGUGGACUUUGGCGAGGUCAAGAAUGCGCUCGACGCGAUCCUCAAGCACCUGCCCCCCACCAACCUCCCGCCGCACUGGAGCACGAUAGAGGGGGUCACCGGCCCGCCGCUCGUCUCCGAGGCGGCCGUCUGGCUGCGGCGCACGGGCGGUGGGCAGAAUGAGUCGCGGCAGGUCGACGAGGAUGACGACAUACCCAAGAACAUCACGGGGUGGACGGGGUGGCGGCAGUUUAUGAUGCUCGAGACGCUGCCGAACUGA